AUGGCGCUGGACCCUCCGGCGAUAGAGGCCCAGCGGGAGUGCGAGCGCAGGCAGCUGUGCGAGCAGGCCCAGAUGCUCCUGGACGUGGCCGUCGGCCGGCGGCCCUGUCCCGGAGUGCUCGCGGCCCUCGCCCCCGAGGCGCCAGAGCUGCAGCCGCCACCUCUGGCGCUGAGGGACCUUUUGCCCCCGUGGCCGCCCGCCGGCGCCGAAGCCUUCGAGCGGCGGGGCCUCCACCCCGUGCCGAGCGAGGUGCAGGGCGACUUCCAGAGGCAGGCGCGGCGCCUGCGCCGCGCCCCGCUCGAGACGCCGCAGCCCCAGCGGCAGCUCUGCGGGCUCCACCCGGCCCUGUCCUCGGCCGCGCCCGCCCCCGCGGAGUCCGAGGAGGUCGAGGACGCCGGCCCGCGCCCGCGCAGCCGCAGCCGUGACGCCGGCGAGGCGUCGCCCAGCUCCGCGUCCGCCAAGGACGCCCCUGGCGCGGCCCCGCGCGGCGGCGCCCACGGCUCCGGGCGCGGGGAGCCCCCGGAGCACCCUGGCAGCCCAGCGGCGGCGGGCGGCGCCUCCGCGGGCGGCGAGGGGGCGGGCCGCCAGGAGACCUUGAAGGACGAGGACGUCGACGACGUGGGGCAGAGGGCCCACAAGCGCCAGGCAACGGCAGCUAAGCAGGCAGCCUUGAUCGAGUUCGAAGCCGAGAUCGGAGGAGCCGGAGCAGGCAUGGACAUCGCCGUCACGCUCAAGAAGUUGGCCAUCAAGUACGAGGAGAAGCCAGAGGUUGCGAAGUACAAUAUCGAGCAGCAGGAGGGCAAACACGCCCGCAAGCUCGGCGACAUGGAGAAGCAACAUGCCCUGACCACGGAGCGGGCUCGGGCCAGCGCGGGAGGAGCAGGGCUGGACGGACUCAGGGCGGCAGCCAGCAAUCCCCAGCACUACAUGCAAGGCAACGCCAAGGUCAACGCGGCCUGCGAGGCGCCCCUCGCCAUCCCCUGGGAGGCAGCAGACGACGCCAAGAAGGAAGCCGACGCAGCCAUGGAAGGGCCUGCCGUCGGGGCUGGCAGCGGCGGGCCUGGCGCCGAUGGCGCGCCCGCCCACGGGCCAGGCGACAGCACUGGACUUUACGACCCCACGGCCGAUGGACCGCCAGAAGAAGCACCAGACAAAAGGCAGAAGGACCCAGAACUGGCCGUGCUGCAGCGGCUUCAUCGGCAACUGGGCGGACGUGCCCAGGGGCAGCGCGCGCGACCAGAAGAGCCCCCCAAGGCCGAGCGCGAGGAUUGGAAGCCGGGCAUCGACAAGCGCGCGGAGGAGCCUGGGCCGAGGCCGCCAGGCACUCUCACCCGGGCGCUCAACGCGCAGGGCACGUCGUUGGACAUCUGA